GGAUCGCUACGGGUUUUCGAAAUCCCGCACCGAAUAUUCCUUUAUUUACUCGACUGAAUAAGAACAACAAGUUACCAAGGGACUGUACUAAAGUGGAAUUUUCACAAGUACAAUCAGUGAUUUGUCAUCAUGGCAUCAUAUGUUUCUGCUCGACAUUCUGCGCCUAUUGUCCAUCAGCUCUUCAGUCUUGAUAUUUCUCUCUGCUUCACCCAACCGAGUGUCCGAGGCCAAUAACCGGCUUACUACAAAGUCCAUUAGACAUCUGUACUACUGUUCAAUAUGAACGACCGCUUGAGUCCUCACAGUGAUCAAAAUGAUGAUGCAUCGUCAUCUUCUCCAACCAUCGCCAUACCAAAUCUCUCUUUUGGUAUUGGACCUUAUGGAUUACCUCAAGGCAAGGCACUUCUAGGCAGCAGCCCUUCCGCCGUGGCUAUGCUCUACCCUCAGAUCUCUGCUUAUGAAAUUCACCCUCUUAUCAUUAAUCAACGCCGUCGGUCAUCAUUAGACAAAUCAGGGUUAGACUCUGAUUUGACAGGAUCAAGUGAUGAUUCUGGGCCUUUGGGUCUUGUUUCAAGUCAUUCUCUUGGAAGCUCUCCCACUCCUCUGCCUCUCAGUCUGAGACAUCUGUACAGGGAAAUAUCUGUUGCACAGAAACAGCGAAAUGUUAGGAGAAGAGCUCAAGUCAGAGAUCCGGUUGAACUAAAUCCUGAUGAUUCUGAUGAUUUGUACUCAGGAAGUGACAUUGCUGGCAAUAGUCAACCAGAUUCAGAGGCAUCAGAUUAUUCAUCUAAAACUCGAAAAUCAUUUUUCUGCCGAGCAUGUGGUAAAUCUUUUAAAUUUCAAACUUCACUUCUCCGUCACAACAAUAAGGUGCACAUCAGUAAAUAUCAAUGUUCAACUUGCAAACGCGUAUUUUCUCGACAAGCUUACCUAGAUGUGCAUACAUCAAAACCUGGAAGCACCUGCUACAUCAGUCCUUACACUUUGCCAUCACCAGGAAGAGCUCAAAACUCCAGUCUGCCUCUCAGCAUGGGCAUUAUUUAAAGGAAACAGAUUUCAAAGGUGUCAAAAUUUAGUUGUCCCUCAUUGUUUUAAAAAGGUUAUCUUGAGGGGGUGGGGUGUAGUGGAGCAACUUAAAAUUCAGUGGAAGACUUGGCCUCUUCUCUUCUUUCUCUUUUCUGUUUAUAAAAUGAAAAACUAGAAAAAAAAUAGUAAUAAUUAUGUCACUGUUACCCAUAAUUUUUGUUGCUGUAUAUUCUCUAUGACUGGAUCAUAUUAAAAUAUAUGGCUGACCACCAGUAAUUUGAAAGAAAAAAGCAAACAAACUUGAAGCUGUUUCAUAGCUGAUUAGUAACUUUUAGGAAAGCUCCAAACUACUUUAUAUCCCUGGGUUUUUGCUUUGCCCAGUUUCUUUUCUUAUGAGGGGAUAGAUUUGUCAAUGUCUACCUAUUGGGUUUGGCAACUAAUCAUGCCUAUGUCUAUUAUAGCUAUUCUUUAUCUGCUUGUUUUAAAGGUUGUUGUCAGACUUCCUGUUUUAUGUUUUAAUAUUUGAAUGUUAUUAGGGCAUGAUCAUUCUAGUUCCUUUUUUUUGGCGGGGUGGGGAGGGGAAAGUCAAAAUUUGCUCAGUCCAGUCAACUUGUUUUGAGGAAUCUCAGUUUGUGUACUUGAUUCUGUUUGUGAUUGAAUGUUAUUUGAUGUCCAGCCCAGAUUAUAAAAUAUGCAGAUAUAAAGUCUAAAAAAAAAAAGAAAAAAAAAAUGAACCUAAAAACUUAAGUAUUUUUUGUAUGCAUUUGCGACUUUCGUGAUACUGAUAAAUAUUGUGUGAGACUUACAAUUUCUAUUGUAUUAGGCAUGAAGUAAUUUGUUAUUAUUUUUUAGAAACACUGUUAUUUGGUUUGUUUGGCCUGGUUAUAACAAGUAUUUUGAUUGUGUAGCUAUCUAUCAACCUGUGCUCUUCAUUUUAAAAAAUUAUUAUUAUCUAUUCCAUGUGUAUUUGUGUCUAUAAAGAGCAAAAUAGCUUUUGCUCACUUCAUAGUUAAAUGUUUUGCUAGGUACAUGUAGUCCUCUUCUUACAUUUUGUUUUCAGUGGCAUUUUACAGUCAGAUUUUGCUUAUCUCACUUAAAGUUCUGUAGCUUGCUGAGUUGUGCUAGGUUGGAUUAGGAUGCUAUGUUCCCAAAACCAUUAGUACAGACUGACUGACAGUGCAGUGGUGUCUGCUCUGCUUCAGCCCUUAUCUCAUGUUACUUUUGAGAAAGACAGCACUUAACAGGUUAUCAAUAGUUCUUUUGUGUGCAGAUACUGUUGCUUUCAAAUAUUCCAACUUGUUUAACUGCUUGCUUUCCACAUUUUUGAAUUGCCUGUGAAAUGAAAAUUAUUUUUCUAAGUUUCUUAUAUUUAUACUAAUUAUCUUACGGUAAUUUCAUUUUAAUAAUGUAGCUGUAGAAACUUUGGUUCUCACUAGGAGACAGUGGUAAUCAUGUCUAUUCAGUUUUAUGAGUAGAAUUUUUUCCGUAAGGCAUCUCAUAUAUUUAUUCUUGCUUUCUUCUUUCCUUACAUAUAGGCCAUGCCAACCAUACUACUUGGUUAUUUGUCUCACCUGAACUUGAUUGUGACCUGAGGAUGAUUCUUCAGUUGGUUUUGAAGAAAAGCUAAUGAUGGACUGAAAUAGAUAGUUAUUCGCAGCGUUUGCUGUUUUAUCAAAUAAUUUAUAGUUUGGGUUUUGCUUAAUGUUGAGAGGAACUGCUUGUUCUGAAUGUUGUGAGUGGAGCAGAAGAACUGUGACUGAAAAUGUGAAGCAAAUCAUUCUUUGGGCUGUGAUUCUUAUCUUUGAACUGUGAUACUGUGGGACAUGGAAGAAAGUUGCUGGAUGCACUAUCAUUUUUGCAGUAAGGUCUCCAAAGCAAAUUUCAUCCCUCAUCAAAAAAUGACUUUUAUUUUCCUUCCAUGCGAAAUAAUUGUCUGUUUAAUGUCUGCACAUCUAUUGUGUUUCACAAUUUAAUACCAGUGUGGUCUUUAUUCUGGGUAGUGAGAUUAACAGAUGGUAACGAUACCACUGUGGUGAAAUGGGUACAGAAGGAAAACAGAUGCUGGUGUUGUUUCUAAGACUUGUAUUCCUAAUUUAAAUUUAAAUCUGAUUUAAUUUUUUAUAUUUCUUUUCAUGAUGCUGGCUUAAGAGACAUUCAACUUUGUUUAUGAUUCAUAGCAAAAUGAACAUCUUUGGCUAUGAUGGUUUCUUUUUUUGUAUUGUUUGUUUAUUGACCCAGAUCAUCGUGUAGGGAGUUUCUUUUAAUGUGUAUUGUGACCAGUUGUCUUGUGCUGUUUGAAGAAGUUGUAUCUUGACACCCUUUAGGGUUAACAAGUUCAGGAAGUUUUAGUGAGAUUCUGUUUGGUGGCUGAUAAGUAAGUCUGGGUGUUGAAGCUUAUUGUUUCAAUCUAAGAUUUUAAGCAGUGAGCACUGUUUCAGCACUUUGAACACUAACAUGAUCUAAGUUUACAAAGAUAAAAGCGAAGAUAGGUUGUCUCUCUUGCCUCAACUUUUGCAUGAUUGUGAUGUAUUUUAAUUGGUGAAUGUUAUAGGCCUCAUUUAAUUUUAGGCUUUGCUUUUUUGCACCCAAACCUUUUUGCUCUUACUAUGGAUAAAUGUAUGUGGAUGUCUUGAAAUUAAUGUCUGUGUGUUAGUCUUUUGUCAUGAAAAUGCAUCUGGUGUACCCUCUUUAUUGAUUGUUGUUGUACACGUUUUCUGGUUGAUUGUAACUAACUUAGCUGUAUUACCAAACUUAAAUAUUGUAGAUUGAAUAGUUAUAUGUUACAGUUAUCUGUGUGUCAAGUAAUUGCAAUCACUAGGGCAAUGAGUGUCAGAAUGAAAUGUUGUAUUGCAUUUUUGUCUGUGCACCUGGUAUCCUUUAUCACAGGAAAAGAUUGCACAGCUUUAAUUCACGUAUUAUGACAUUUGUAAGAUUCGUUAUGACCAGGUUAAAUAUUUUAUUCUCACUUAUCUGUGUGUAUAUGUGGGUAGGAGCAAUUCAAUUUGAACCAUUGAUUGACUUGUUUGUAGUAGUUAAAUGUUUUGACAUUGCAAAGUUUGCAAAUAUUAUUUAAUUCUACAGACCACUAAUUUGACUUCAAUAGGUAUUCAAGAUGAGGACCACUCUUAUGAUUUCCUUGUUUUAAGAUUGAAGCUCUUACCCACAGCUCUUCUAUUGAUAGUGAAAUUGAAUGUUUUCAUUAAUUCUAGGUGGAAAGUAAUUCUUGCUCUAAUUUUCAAAUCUUGUACUUUUCUUUAUGUAUUUGAAUUAUCUUACUUAUUCCAUAGAAACCUGACCUGGUGGUUUCUUUUGUUACAGCUCCUGUUAACAGUGUGAUAUUCUUUGAUGCGUGAUAACUAUCAAAGUUAUCAUAGCAAAGUACAACAUGUAUGUGUUGAUAAUUUAUCAGGAUUAUUUUCAAAAGACUGGUUUAAUUGUUGAGAAUGAUGAGUUAGAUAGUACCAACACUUCGGUGGUGUGUAAUUUUGGCGAGACCAACUGCUCUCUUGUGCAGAAGGAAUCAUUUCUUUGCUAACAUUUACUACCGAGUGGAUGAUAAGGGAAAAAUUAACAUUUGUUGGAGAUGGCACCAAUUAUAUUUUUUGUUUAACUGAGUCAAAUUAUUUCCUUUUUUUUUAUUGUUUUAAUAUUUCUUUCUAUGUUUUAUCUAGUUAGUAUUCAGUGUGUAAUUGUUAAAUUGUUCUCUUAUGGUGACUGGUGUGGAACGUGUUUAUCACUGGCAUACGUCACUCUCAUAUGAAAAAUUAAAUUGAUGUACCCUACUGUGUUAUUGUUGCGCUUGUGUUUCCAAACUUGUGCAUUAACUUAUUCAUGACUUAUCUGAAAUUUAAAGUGGAACCUCUUAUGUAUAUUUUUCUACUGUUUCUCACAAUCUCUUAAUUUACCAAAUUAAAAAAAACUAUGGAACAUGCAAAAACAUAAUCAAGGUCUCCAUCCUCUUGAGUUAAAUAUUUCACUUCUAUUUCAAAGCCUUAAAUUAUCAAUUAUGUUUAUACUCCACCAACGUAACUGGUUUUCACAAAGAAAAAGACUUUCUCUUCUCUUCUGAGGUGACUUUUUUCCCUCUUCCCUUUCAAUCAAAUGUGAUGUAGCAUCUGUGGAAAUUUGGGAUUGUUUGAAUACCAGUUGAUCUGCCACUUCGUCCCUAGACUAAGAAUUUGGUCCGACCUUAAACUGUGAUUAGCACCUAUGUUUCUUUCAGUUUAUAUUCAAAUACAGUAGGAAUAUUAGUGUGAUGUAGUCUGUUUCUGUGUUUUUGUCUGCCUGGGAAGGUCCAGUUAGUCUUAGGGGCCUUUCUGGAAGUAAAUGUGUAUCUAGCAUCUCUACUCCAAUGUUUGGGAAGCUUGAGAAAUAUUUAAUCUAUCUGUAUGUCCAUUUUUAUUUCUGUCUCCUCAUGUACAACUAUUUACUUGUAUACUACUAAUAGAUGUAUUUCGUUAAAUGAAGUAGAAAUACAUCCAGCCUUAGGUUGAUAAAACUUUUUUUUGUGGACUACAAGUGCACAGUACUUGUGCUCCACACUAUUAUGUGUCUGAAAAAAGUGGAAGAUGGCAUUUAUGUUGUGAUAAGUAACAAAUUAACCUCCAGUUUGAAUUAUAAAGCCUGAUUAUUUUGUAGUCUGUUAGAACCUGAACUUCCUUAGAGUUCACCAAAGUGAAAAAUAAAUUCAAGGAAAACAGAA